CUCCCACAUUUCGUCUGAUGUCGUUUGCGUGGACAGUUGAUUGAUGUUUUGCUCUGUGGUUCUCUAAAGUGGCUGGAUGAGUGCGCAAAGUAGCAGUGGAAGUUUGGAGGGGGCGCCAUCUUGGCUCCAGUAGCAGCAGCGGCUCUCGAGCGCGUCCCCGGCGCCGCUUUCACACACACCGCGCCGCCCGCACCAGCGAAACAAGCAUACACACGUCGUCGUGUGACGUGAAAUCACGUUUAAGUUGAAAACUGUCGAUUUUGGACGCUGGAGUUGGGGAUUUUAGUGAGCAGGAGUGAGACUUGGAGACUCUGGGUUCAUGAUGGCAGGGUCGCCGAUGGAGCAAAUGGGUGCUAUGGAAGAGCUGCACAGUCUGGACCCUCGACGUCAGGAGCUGCUGGAGGCCAGAUUUCUGGGCGGGGUCAGCGGAAACACGGUGGGCAGCACUGGCAGCACUAGCGGAGGAACUAAAACCUUGACAAACAACGAAUGUUCCAAUCACAGCUUUGGAAGUCUGGGCUCCUCCAGUGAUAAAGAGUCAGAGGGUUCAGAUGGGAAAAGAGGAAGUUCUCCUGCGUAUUCAACUCCCGAAAAGAAGCACUCGGAAUCAUCACGAGGCAGGAAGAGGAAAGCCGACAUCCAAUCAGAGAGCAGUCAGGGGAAGUCUGUCAUCCGGGGACCCAAAAUUAGCGAUUAUUUUGAUUUUCAGGGCGGUAACGGCUCCAGUCCAGUAAGAGGUCUACCGCCAGUCAUCCGUUCACCCCAGAACUCACAUUCCCACUCUGCACUAGGAUCCAGCACUCGACAGAGCAGCUCGUCUCCCACCAGUCUGUGUUUUGGGGACUCUAUGAUUUCUUCUAGACACAUAGCGGUCAAAAGUGUUCAGACUGACCUGACUGUGAUGAAAUUGGCCACUAUAGAGAGCAAUAAGAACCUGGACCUUGAGAAGAAAGAGGGCAGGAUAGAUGAUCUGCUGCGGGCAAACUGUGAUCUUAGGAGACAAAUUGACGAACAACAGAAGCUUCUAGAGAAAUACAAGGAACGUUUAAACAAGUGCAUCACUAUGAGCAAGAAGCUUUUGAUUGAGAAGAGCACACAGGAGAAGCAGGCGUGUCGAGAGAAGAGCAUGCAGGAUCGCCUGCGCUUGGGUCACUUCACCACUGUCAGACACGGAGCCUCAUUCACAGAGCAGUGGACGGACGGAUACGCCUUCCAGAACCUCGUCAAACAGCAGGAAUGGAUCAUUCAGCAGCGUGAAGAGAUCGAGAGACAGAGGAAGCUGUUAGCAAAAAGAAAACCACCGUCAGCCAGCAGCUCACAGUCACCCAGCACAAACUCUGAACCCAAACAACGCAAAACCAAGGCUGUGAACGGCUCCGAGAACGACCCCUUCCUUAAACCCAGCCUCCCACAGCUGCUAACAUUAGCCGAGUACCACGAGCAGGAGGAGAUCUUCAAACUCAGACUCGGACAUCUCAAAAAGGAGGAGGCAGAGAUUCAGGCCGAGCUGGAGAGGUUGGAGAGGGUGCGAAAUCUCCACAUCCGAGAGUUGAAAAGAAUAAACAAUGAAGACAGCUCACAAUUCAAGGACCAUCCCACCCUGAACGAGCGCUAUCUGCUGUUACAUUUGCUGGGCAGGGGUGGAUUCAGUGAAGUCUACAAGGCGUUUGACUUAAUUGAGCAACGGUAUGCUGCUGUGAAGAUUCAUCAACUCAACAAAAACUGGAGAGAGGAGAAGAAAGAAAAUUACCACAAACACGCCUGUCGGGAAUACCGAAUACAUAAACAGCUGGAUCAUCCCAGAAUAGUUAAACUGUACGACUACUUUUCACUGGACACAGACACGUUUUGUACCGUUUUGGAAUACUGUGAAGGAAACGAUCUGGAUUUCUACUUGAAACAGCACAAGCUGAUGACUGAGAAAGAAGCUCGCUCUAUCGUCAUGCAGAUUGUGAACGCUUUACGAUACCUGAAUGAGAUCAAGCCACCUAUAAUACACUAUGACCUCAAACCUGGCAAUAUUUUACUGGUUGAUGGAACGGCAUGCGGAGAGAUCAAGAUCACUGAUUUUGGACUGUCUAAAAUCAUGGACGACGACAACUAUGGAGUGGAUGGGAUGGACCUGACGUCUCAGGGAGCUGGCACUUACUGGUAUCUGCCCCCCGAGUGUUUUGUGGUGGGCAAAGAGCCACCGAAGAUCUCCAAUAAGGUGGACGUCUGGUCUGUCGGUGUCAUAUUUUUCCAGUGCCUCUACGGAAGAAAGCCAUUUGGCCACAACCAGUCCCAGCAAGACAUCCUUCAGGAGAACACCAUCCUGAAAGCCACGGAGGUUCAGUUUCCCUCCAAACCCGUCGCCAGCAAUGAGGCCAAGGCGUUCAUCCGCCGGUGUCUUGCCUACAGAAAAGAGGACCGCUUUGACGUGCACCAGCUGGGCAGCGACUCCUACCUGCUGCCGCACAUCAGACGGGCCAGUUCAUCAGGAACACUGGCACCAAACGCCACCUCCUAUUGACCCCCGACCGACCGCCAGCGUCCCAAAUGCAGGAUAUGGACCACGAACAAUUAGCAGUCGCCCACUUCCUGCACUUCAGAACGUUCGUGUUGAAUUAUCAUGCUUUGGUUUACAGACAGACAGACGUGUUCGGAAAGAAAAUGAAGUGAAAAUAAGAAGCGCGAAUAUUUCGAAUGUCACAAUAAAAGUCAAUGAAGUAAAAAUGACGACUCGAUAGGGCACAGCUACUGUUAGGAACUUUCAAAUGUGACUGUUGUCGUUAGGGUUUUCACACCGUUGCCUCCUCGUUCAAAGACCUGGCAAAAAAAAAAAAACAACUAACCCGCUAUCAAUUCCCAAGGUCUCGCUCGAUUACACAUUUACGUUCAGAGUUACUGUAAGCAGCCUACAAAGGCUUCAUUCUUCACUCUGUAGUAAUGUUACGUGGUACAGACAACAGUGUUAGCUUUCCUUGCUUUUGUUCAACUAGCUAUGAGAAUGUAAUUCUAGCAUACAGAGAGCGGCACACUAAGGCGCCCAGGCCGCAUAUUAAUGUCCAAUGCACAAAAUAACCAAAUGUAGACGAAUGGCAAAAUGUACAGACUCCUAUGCAGGACGAAAUUUCAAGUAUCCCCCCCGCCCUUUCCCCCUGGAGAAUUCAUGUAUAUUUUGUUGUACAGGACUUAAUUUCGUAUAUUAACUCUCAGCAGACCCAUUCUGUACAGACGUUUAACAUUUUGGCUUUUCUUCUUGUACAUUUGCUUCCCUGGUGUGUGUUUGAUUUUGCUGCUUAAAUGUUGCUCUUUUUCAAAGCCGCUGUAUAAUGUACUUUUGGUUAUAAAUUGUACAGUCCUGUUAAAAGAAUUGCAAAUAAAUGCCAGGAAGCUCA